AUGGUGAUUGGAAGCUGGUCUCUGCCAGCUUUCGGCGCUAAGGAGCUGCAGGGAGCAUAUGUGCUCACUGCCAUUAUCUCAAAAAGGUCCAUCCAGAUCAUCAUCCAUUCCCUGAUCUGCGCUUCUUCCCUUUCCUUUUUGGAGUUGAAAACUCUCCUUUCCUCCUUGAAUAACUUUGCAUCCCUCUCAUUUGCUGAGAGUUGGGACAGUGCUGGAUUACUGGUAGAGCCACGCCCACUGCAUAUUGUAAAACACACUCUUCCUGCCAAUGACUUGACAGACGAAGUGAUGGAGGAGGUGUUGAAGAGGGUGGAUCUCAUUCUCUUACCUAUCUUCCAGCCAGUGAAGUGACUAACUUGAAAAACCUGGAAGGAGCACCUGGUGAUCCAAAGUCUGGAAAACAGAGUUGGUAUCUACUCUCCUCUCCUCAUGCAGCCUGUGAUGCUGCCCACCCCCCCAACCCCCCACAGGGAGUCAGUCAACAGCUGGUUGGUUAAAAACUUGGAGCUUGGUACCUUCUGCCCCUUACAUCUUUCCAAAGUUGCCAACUACCCCACAGAGGGGACGCAUCGAGUAGAAUUCAGUAGUAACCACAUCCUAGACUUGGAUAAGGUCAUGUCCACAGUGAACAGGAGCACUUCCUUUCCUCUCAGGACUGAUGAUGAAGAGCACAUACGGAUCUGUCUGAAUUGUACUCAGGAGGCCGUGCUGCAGGCAGUGGGGGCUUUUCUGUCUCCAAACAGACACCUUUAUCAGAAGACUGAAAUUCUAUCACUAGAAAAGUCUCUGCUUCUUCUGCACACUGGGAUGGGACGGAUAUGUACAUGGGAUGAGUCUGUCUCCUAGGCAACCAUGAUUGAGAGAAUCAAGCAACACCUCAAACUGUUUCAUGUCCGCCGUCUUGGGGUAGAGAGUACCUUAGAGUCCCAAAUCAGAGCUGUGGCCCUGUGUGCUGGUUCUGGGAGCAGUGCUCUGCAAGUGGAAGCCGACCUUUACCUCACAGGUGAGAUGUCCUAUCAUGAUGUUCUGGAUGCUGCGUCCCAAGGAAUACAUGUCAUCCUUUGUAAGCACAGCAAUACUGAAAGAGGCUUUCUUUCUGACCUUCAAGAUAUGCUGAAUGCUCACUUGGAGAAUAAGAUUACUAUUACUCUGUCACAGUCGAACCAGGAUCCUAACAGAACUGUACAUGCGUGGAAUACCUCAGACACCACUAUAAUGGGUCUGUAUCAUGGACACCAAAUGUGUUCACAAAGCAUGGGAAAAGAGAAACAAGGGAGCAGCGCAUGA